CCCGCCGCCGGAGCUGCCGGCGCCGCCGCCUCAGCCGCCGCUGGACGAGGAGCAACAGAACAUGGCGCCGGGGCCGCCGUCGCCGCUCCCGGGAAUCCGGAGGCCGGGGCCGCGCUGAGGACGCCCAGCUGGAAGAAAUGUUGGCUAUUUGGAGAUGAGAAGUAGCAAAAGCUGACCUCGUACUGGUGUACAAACACUACGAGACCUUAACACCUUGGCUUCGGGCUGCCCCACUUAUAAUGUCAGGAAGCCAUUGGGUCCACUGGAAAACACUAAUCUGAUCUCGGAAGUGGCUGAUCGUGGCAGGAUGUGUCGACAAUGAUGAUGGCUAGAAAGCAAGAUGUCCGAAUUCCCACCUACAACAUCAGCGUGGUGGGAUUGUCUGGGACGGAGAAGGAGAAGGGCCAGUGCGGCAUUGGAAAGUCCUGUUUAUGCAACCGCUUCGUGCGCCCAAGUGCUGACGAAUUUCACUUGGACCAUACCUCUGUCCUUAGCACCAGUGACUUUGGUGGGCGAGUGGUCAAUAAUGACCACUUUCUCUAUUGGGGAGAAGUUAGCCGUUCCCUGGAGGAUUGUGUGGAAUGUAAGAUGCACAUUGUGGAGCAGACUGAAUUCAUUGAUGAUCAGACUUUUCAACCUCAUCGAAGCACGGCCUUACAGCCCUAUAUCAAGAGAGCUGCUGCAACCAAGCUCGCAUCAGCUGAAAAACUCAUGUACUUUUGCACUGACCAGCUGGGGCUGGAGCAGGACUUUGAGCAGAAACAAAUGCCAGAUGGAAAGCUGCUAAUUGAUGGUUUUCUUCUUGGUAUUGAUGUUAGCAGGGGCAUGAACAGGAACUUUGAUGACCAGCUCAAGUUUGUCUCUAAUCUCUACAAUCAGCUUGCAAAAACAAAAAAGCCCAUAGUGGUGGUCCUGACUAAGUGUGAUGAGGGUGUUGAGCGGUACAUUAGAGAUGCACAUACUUUUGCCUUAAGCAAAAAGAACCUCCAGGUUGUGGAGACCUCAGCAAGAUCCAAUGUAAAUGUGGAGUUAGCUUUCAGCACCUUAGUGCAACUCAUUGAUAAAAGUCGGGGGAAAACGAAAAUCAUUCCUUAUUUUGAAGCUCUCAAGCAGCAGAGUCAGCAGAUAGCUACAGCAAAAGACAAAUAUGAGUGGCUGGUGAGUCGCAUUGUGAAAAACCACAAUGAGAAUUGGCUGAGCGUCAGCCGAAAGAUGCAGGCCUCUCCUGAGUACCAGGACUAUGUCUAUCUGGAAGGGACUCAGAAAGCCAAGAAGCUUUUUCUCCAGCACAUCCAUCGCCUCAAGCAUGAGCAUAUUGAGCGCAGAAGGAAGUUGUACCUGGCAGCCCUGCCGUUAGCUUUUGAAGCUCUUAUACCCAAUCUAGAUGAAAUAGACCACCUAAGUUGCAUAAAAGCCAAAAAGCUCUUGGAGGCCAAGCCAGAAUUCUUGAAGUGGUUUGUUGUGCUUGAAGAGACACCAUGGGAUGCCACCAGCCACAUUGACAACAUGGAGAAUGAGCGGAUUCCCUUUGACUUAAUGGACACAGUCCCUGCAGAGCAGUUGUACGAGGCCCACUUAGAGAAGCUGCGGAAUGAGAGGAAAAGAGCCGAAAUGAGAAGGGCAUUUAAAGAAAACCUGGAGACUUCUCCUUUCAUAACUCCUGGAAAGCCUUGGGAAGAGGCCCGUAGUUUUAUUAUGAAUGAAGAUUUCUACCAGUGGCUGGAAGAAUCUGUAUACAUGGAUAUUUAUGGCAAACACCAAAAGCAAAUUAUAGACAAAGCAAAGGAAGAGUUUCAGGAGCUACUUUUGGAAUAUUCGGAAUUGUUUUAUGAGCUGGAGCUGGAUGCUAAGCCCAGCAAGGAGAAGAUGGGUGUCAUUCAAGAUGUUCUGGGAGAGGAACAGCGAUUUAAAGCAUUACAGAAGCUCCAAGCAGAGCGUGAUGCCCUUAUUCUGAAGCACAUUCAUUUUGUGUACCACCCAACAAAGGAGACAUGCCCUAGCUGCCCUGCCUGUGUGGACGCUAAGAUUGAGCACUUGAUUAGUUCUCGGUUUAUCCGACCGUCUGACCGGAAUCAGAAAAACUCACUCUCGGACCCCAACAUUGACAGAAUCAACUUAGUGAUCUUGGGCAAGGAUGGCCUCGCACGAGAGUUGGCCAAUGAGAUUCGAGCUCUUUGUACAAAUGAUGACAAGUAUGUAAUAGAUGGUAAAAUGUAUGAGCUCUCCCUUAGGCCAAUCGAAGGGAAUGUCAGGCUUCCUGUGAACUCUUUCCAAACACCAACAUUUCAGCCGCAUGGUUGUCUCUGCCUUUACAAUUCAAAGGAAUCUCUGUCCUAUGUGGUAGAGAGUAUAGAGAAGAGCAGAGAGUCCACCCUUGGCAGGCGAGAUAAUCACUUAGCCCAUCUCCCCUUGACCUUAAUUUUGGUGAACAAGAGAGGAGACACCAGUGGAGAGACCCUGCAUAGCUUAAUACAGCAAGGUCAGCAGAUUGCAAGCAAACUUCAGUGUGUCUUUCUCGACCCUGCUUCUGCUGGCAUUGGUUACGGACGCAAUAUUAAUGAAAAGCAAAUCAGUCAAGUUUUGAAAGGACUCUUGGACUCCAAGCGUAACUUGAACUUGGUCAGUUCUACUGCUAGCAUCAAAGAUCUGGCUGAUGUUGACUUGCGAAUUGUCAUGUGUCUGAUGUGUGGAGAUCCUUUUAGUGCAGAUGACAUACUCUUUCCUGUCCUUCAGUCCCAAACCUGUAAGUCUUCCCACUGCGGAAGCAACAACUCUGUUUUACUUGAACUACCAAUCGGACUACACAAGAAGCGCAUUGAACUGUCAGUUCUUUCGUACCAUUCCUCAUUUAGCAUCAGAAAAAGCCGGUUGGUCCAUGGGUACAUUGUUUUUUAUUCAGCCAAACGUAAGGCCUCCUUGGCUAUGUUACGUGCCUUUCUCUGUGAAGUGCAGGAUAUUAUCCCCAUUCAGCUGGUUGCACUCACUGACGGCGCUGUAGAUGUCCUGGAUAAUGACCUGAGUCGGGAGCAGCUGACUGAGGGGGAGGAGAUUGCUCAAGAAAUUGAUGGAAGGUUCACAAGUAUCCCCUGUAGCCACCCCCAGCAUAAACUUGAGAUUUUCCACCCAUUUUUUAAAGAUGUGGUGGACAAAAAGAACAUAAUUGAGGCUACUCACAUGUACGACAACGCUGCAGAGGCCUGCAGCACCACAGAAGAGGUGUUUAACUCCCCUCGGGCUGGCUCUCCCCUCUGCAACUCAAACCUGCAGGAUUCAGAAGAAGAUAGCGAGCCGCCUUCUUACAGCCUGUUUCGAGAAGACACAUCACUCCCCUCUCUUUCCAAAGACCAUUCUAAGCUCUCCAUGGAACUGGAGGGAAAUGAUGGGCUGUCUUUCUUCAUGAGCAAUUUCGAGAGUAAAUUGAACAACAAAGUACCUCCGCCAGUCAAACCAAAGCCUCCUGUCCAUUUUGAAAUUACAAAGGGGGAUCUGUCUUAUUUAGACCAAGGCCAUAGAGAUGGACAGAGGAAGUCUGUGUCUUCUAGCACCUGGCUACCUCCAGAUGGGUUUGAUCCUUCUGAUUAUGCUGAACCCAUGGAUGCUGUGGUCAAGCCAAGGAAUGAAGAAGAAAACAUAUACUCCGUGCCCCAUGACAGCACCCAAGGCAAAAUCAUCACCAUUCGGAAUAUCAACAAAGCCCAGUCCAAUGGCAGUGGGAAUGGUUCCGAUAGCGAAAUGGACACCAGCUCUCUGGAGCGAGGUCGCAAGGUAUCCAUUGUGAGCAAGCCAGUAUUGUACAGGACGAGAUGCAGCCGCCUGGGGAGGUUUGCUAGUUACCGAACCAGCUUCAGUGUGGGGAGCGAUGAUGAGCUUGGGCCCAUCCGGAAGAAAGAGGAGGAUCAGGCAUCCCAGGGCUAUAAAGGGGACAAUGCCGUCAUUCCGUAUGAGACAGAUGAAGACCCGCGGAGGAGGAAUAUUCUUCGCAGUCUAAGAAGGAACACUAAGAAACCAAAGCCAAAACCCCGGCCAUCCAUCACAAAGGCAACCUGGGAGAGUAACUAUUUUGGGGUGCCCUUAACAACUGUGGUGACUCCAGAGAAGCCGAUUCCUGUUUUUAUUGAGAGAUGUAUUGAAUACAUUGAAGCCACAGGAUUGAGCACAGAAGGCAUCUACCGGGUCAGUGGGAACAAGUCAGAAAUGGAGAGUCUGCAAAGACAGUUUGAUCAAGACCACAACCUGGAUUUGGCAGAGAAGGACUUCACAGUGAACACCGUGGCCGGGGCCAUGAAGAGCUUUUUCUCAGAACUACCAGACCCCCUGGUCCCAUACAACAUGCAGAUGGAUCUGGUGGAGGCACACAAAAUCAACGACCGGGAACAGAAGCUGCAUGCCCUAAAGGAGGUACUCAAGAAAUUUCCAAAGGAAAACCAUGAAGUCUUCAAAUACGUCAUCUCUCACCUGAACAAAGUCAGCCACAACAACAAGGUGAAUCUCAUGACCAGUGAGAACCUGUCCAUCUGCUUCUGGCCCACCUUGAUGAGACCCGACUUCAGCACCAUGGACGCCCUCACGGCCACACGGACCUACCAGACAAUCAUUGAGCUCUUCAUCCAGCAGUGCCCCUUCUUCUUCCACAACCGGCCCAUCAGCGAGCCUCCCGGCGCCACACCCAGCUCCCCCUCUGCCCUGGCUUCCACUGUUCCCUUCCUCACCUCCACACCUGUCGCAAGCCAGCCCUCACCACCCCAGUCGCCACCACCCACCCCCCAGUCCCCGAUGCAGCCACUGCUCCCCUCCCAGCUUCAAGCCGAACACACGCUGUGAGCCCCCAGGGCCCAGGGCAAAAGGAGACAAGGUCUUCUCUCUUUGACGGGGUGGUAUUUGGCCUUGAACAAAACCAGGUCUACUAGGGCAGAGGUGGAGAGGGUGUCCCCUCUCUCUUGUCCCCUUCUGAAGACCUCGGCGGUAGCACCAGCCAGCACUCCACCAUCAGCUAGGCCGUCUGGUGCCCUGAGCCCAGCACUGCACGCCUGGGGCUGGCUGCAGGCCCUCCCCUCUGACGUGGACCUUUCUGAGGACUGAAUUGGCCAGGCAGCGAUGCCUGCGGCCCUUCACUGCGCCCCAGGACCCCCCGCCCCCGAUCUGUCUGUGCAUAACAGCCUCAAGGCGUCUGCCCACUGGACAGAGACCUGGCCUUGGCUGGAGGAGGAAGAGGAAGUUCUGAGAUUCAGGCCGUCCCAGGGCAGAGCCAGCAACCCCUAAAGAGAACACUUGCCGUCUGUUGCACCUGGCUCUUCCCACCUUCCAUAGCUGCACCCCCACGCCCAGUUAAGGGGUGCAGCCUGUCUAGCAGCCUCCUUGGGAACAUGUGGGCCACAGCUCUGCCACCCCAAGGUACCAUGCUGAGGACAUUAGCCCAGCAGACCAGAGCAGAGGGAGGGUAGCUUUGUGCCUGGACUGGGUGAGUGUGUGCAGCUCCCCCUCGCACCCCUUCCCAUUCACAAGCCUUGGGGAUACGGUCCCUUCAAAACAAAGGAACACUGGAAGAAAAAUGGAAAGACCCCCUCCAAUGAUUUUUAAAAAGAAAAGGAAAGAAACUAUAGGAAGGAAACUACAGACCUCAAGAUUCAGCUUUCUUCCCACCUCUGCCAAGAGGCAGACAAGUGAAAAAAUUGGCCCUUUGUGACAGCAAAACAAGGAUGCCCGGGGUGAUUGCCUGAGACCCUGCUGGGGCCCCACUUAAUGUCGGGUUACUAGAGUCUCACCCCAAGAAUACGCAGUUUGAGCCCUUGAUGGGAAGAGCUGGGGAGACCAGCCUGGAUCCUGGUCUGCCUGGGCACCCACUGCAGUGCUGUGGAGACAGGCGUGUGUGCGCGGGGGCCAGCCAUGGGUGCUGGGGUGCAGUUGGGAUGUGGUUUAGUGUGGUUGCUGUUGCAGUGGAGUCAUUUGUAUCGUGGGCUGUAGGGGGUGCUGGCAGGGGUGUUUGUGGGAAGUGGGCAGUGUGGGGGUCCGCAGCGCCACGCAGGGCUGCCCUUCACGUUUCCGGGCCAUCAGGGCCCACAGGAGGUAAAGGUACAAAGGCCAUCAGAGUCGUGAGGAGGGCAUCAUGCCUGCCUGUCACCAUCCUCCUCCCAUGGCCUUCCCCCGCCCUUCCUGGCUUUUCCACUGGCCUUCCUCUGGGAGAGGCCUCCUCAUGCCCCACCUUUGCCCCUCAAACACAGCAACCCUGCUAAGGCUGCUGUAGAUACUGGCUGCCCCUCGCUCCCCGAGGCUGGGCCAUGGCCUCUGCAGUGGAAAAGCCUGACACUAAGGUACCCUGGGCAUGGGGGUGUGGGGUAAGAGCCCCACACGCCCCCUAGUCCUCCAGGGCUCUUUGCACUUUAAGAAGCAGCACCUGUGGCAUGUUCCAGGCUGCCCUGGGUCGCCUCAGCUGGGUGGCCUGACAAAGGAAGAGAUGCCUCCAAACAAUCUCAGCCACUCCCAGCCUCAAACUCUUCUUGUUGGCUGCUGGAGGGUGGCGUAGGCCCUGUGCUCACUGACUUCUUCCUCUGGAUAAGCUGGAUAUCUUAGUGUUUCUGGUUCUUGUACGGCAAAAUAAGGUGCUUGGGAAAAUUAAAGCAACUUUUACCGCGUCUUAAGGACACUACAAGUCAAAAAACAAACCUAAGGUACAUGAAUGUUUUAUGUAAAUGUUAUGAUGGACUCUCUUCUGGUGGGGCUGUGUCUGGUGCUUUAGGUCAGGGCUUGGCUGGAAGGUGAUACUUGUGUUUAGUUUGGACAGAGGGGGCCAGGCCCAGGCUUCUCCAGCCCUGCAGCUCCCCCAGCGCUGAGCCCCAGGCAGGUCAGGAAAUGACUGCAUUGAAUUCGUCUCUGCCUUUUUCUGGGUCCUGCUCACCUACUCCCAGUCAGCCCUUCAAAGUAUGGGGGGGAGGGAAGCCACAGGGGUAGUCUGGGGCCACUGUUCUUUGUGCUGGCACACUGGGCCAUGCUACCACCUAAACCUCUGCUCUGUACCAGGAACUUCACCUUCACAAGCGCCCCCACUCCCCUCAGUCCUUGAGACUGCAUAGAUCUGUAAGCCGUAGGUGAGUUUUCUGGAAGGGGGCAUACAUAGUAAGGGCAAACACAGUGCUUGGCAUCCUUCCCUGGGUCAGAAUAGCAGAGACCAGGCCUCCAGAGGGUAGCCUCUAGUCCCACAGCACCCCCUGCUAGCCGGUCUGGGCAGCUGCAGAAACCCCUUACCCCUGCCCCUGUUGUCCCGCAAGGGCUCUCACAGUGUGCAGGUGGGGACAGGGCUCGUGCCCAGUGAGCCACAGUUGGACAGGUAGCUGUCUGUUUCCUCUGCUAACUCUCUAACUUCUCAUUUUCUGCUUCUCAGGCUGACCCUGGCUGGAGGACGUUUUUCGGUCAUUCUGAGUUGGCAUUGCCUGCAGUAGUAGUACCGGGCCCUGGGCUUCCACUCUGGUUAUUGGGGGGGUGGGGUCAGCUUUUGGACCAAAAGGGCCCUCAGAGGGGACCCAUGAAGGAGUAUGGGCAUGGUUGGGGCAUGCUGACCUUAACUAGAAUGUUCCCCACCGCUCCCAUUCAUCUGACGAGCUAAGCGCUGAAAAGCUCUUUCACAAGUCAUUCUCAUCGGAACUGCACCACACACAGGAUUGAGGGCGUGGCCGGGGGUCAUUAGCAUUGGCCAGGGUGGCUAAACAGUUCAGGGGUGUCAUGGCACUUGUUCCGUGCCCUACACCAAAACAGUUGGAUGCCCAGAAGCUCUCUCCCCAUCCAGUGUGUUCUUUUUACCCCCAGCAGAGUGUAGACACCAAGGACUGGAAGGAAACAACCCUUGAUUUUAAGAAUGAGACUGAUUCUGGAUGUGACACUGAUGCUUCCACAGAGGGAGCUGGUCCAAGGUUAGGCAGCGUGGCUUACGAAUUUUCCUUCAGUUCCUGGCUGUGUUGCAUGUGGGGAGGCCGUCACUUGACAUUUUGGGGAGCAAUGCUGAGUGCUGUUUCCUGGGUUUUCCUACGUUGCACUGCCGCAAUCUUCCUGCUUUAGGCAGGAAGCAUGUUGGGGGUGAGUUUGUUCUAGCAGAGUGUGUUUGUCUUCACCAGGGUAGCCAGAGGGUGACAUCAUAGGAGCAGCACACUAGCCUCACCUCCUUCUGGUCUUGGGGGAGGCCUGAAUGGAUGCCUUCCCCUAGAUCGCAGGUGUUCCAGCCUCAGCCCUGGAACUCGCAGACCAGCCAGCUGCAACCUGUGUGAUCCAAGGUCAUCUGCAUCCGCGAGGGACCCCCCCCCCCCAGUGCUCCCCAGCAUGCUGCUGGGGUUGUCUGCCUAGGGGCUCUGCUCUGCCAGUGGCUGUUUUUCCAAGAGAAGCUUCAGGGACUUGGGUGGGUGCUGGGGACUGGGUUCCCUCACGCCAGCAUCCUCCUGUGCUGUGGGCAUGGUGUGCUCUGGGGCCUGGAGACAGUCCCAGCGCUCACUACCAAGCACCGGUGGCUCUCCAUAGAUGAUGGACAGGAGUUGCUGCCACUCUUGCUUGGCAGGUUCAAGCUGAUCACUCAUGCUUAGGUGAAACAACGACUGAGUCGUGUGUGCUGGAAACCUGAGUCACAUCUGUGGCUGCCAGUGAUUGCACCAGGAAAGGCGUGGCGUGAGGGGAAGGGCCUCCCCCAGCUAUGCCUGCUGUGCUGUCCUGGAAGAGAAGGAUUCUUACCAACUCUGGGAGCAGUCAUUCAACUCCUCAAGGAUCAGAAGCGACUCCCCUCAGCACCCUGCCCCACUGCCCAGCAGCCCUCCCUCAGCAGCAGGCUCCAUCAGCAGUGAUGUCACACUUCAGUGUAGUCAAGACAGGGCCUAAGUUAUUGUUUGCAUAAAAAAGAAUCAUGUUCCCUGUGUACAUUUAAAAAAAAAAGUGAAUUGUAAGAAUAAAACUUGUUUGAAAAUUUGGAAUAGUGCUGCUGCCAGCUUAUUUUUCUGGUACUUGUAUUUUCACAUGUUAAAUGAUCUUUAUAUAUGUUGAAUUAACAAAUAUUUUGAGUUUCUUGAGGGGGGAAAAAGCAUAUUAAUGGUAUUGAAAUGUGUUAGUAGUUUGGCUGUGUGCCCAAAACUCUGUUUUCGCAGCAGAAGUGGAGAACUGUAUGUGAAGAAAGUAUAACCAUUAUUUCUUUGUAUUUUAGGGGCUUUAACCAGGACAUCCUCUAGUUGGUGUUAGGAAUGUUUGCUUAAUUUCCAGACUUUUUUUUUAAAACACAUCGUGAGUUUUUUGAGGCUCCAACCUGACUGAUUAGUGCAUGGUCAGCCAUCAACUAAGGCUGAGGCAUCUCUGACUGAGGUGUUUUUGUUUGGUUUUGUUUUUUAAAAUCAUGUAUUUGCUACAAAGUAUUGUACUUGUCUCAAUGGGAAUGGUGUAAAAAACUGAAAAGGCCUUAUGUGAUAUGUAUCAUAGUUAAUAAACCAAUCUUGUAAAAAACCAAA